AUAAGGACGUGAAGAAUCAUUAUUUCUAAGUCUGUUUGUUUGGAGUCAGGGAUAGAAAUUUAUUAUGUUCGAGGUUUGUUGAUUGUUUAGGUGACUCGCAGUUCAUUAUAGAAAAAUGGAUACUUCGCUGAAAACGUCAGAUAGUAGCCAAGUGCUAGGAAAUAAAGAACUUGGUAUUUUGAAGGUUCUGCUGCUGUUCACUUGUGUAAUGUUCAUUGUGCCAAUUAUCUCCUACUUUGCUAUGAAAUCAUGGCUUUUUGAAGGGGUUCUUGGAUAUGAAAAUGGAGCUGUCAAUGCAGCCAUAGGCACAGUAGUUAUUGUUCAUGUUAUAAUUGGCUGGUAUAUUUGGAUGGCUGUGAAGGAGGAUAAUGAAGAUAGAAGGCCUACUAAAAGGGACUAAGCCUAUUUUCAUAGUAUAUUUGAUUGAAUAGAAAUAAAUACUGCUUUAUAUAAAAGGUAAAAUGAA